AUGCAGCUCAACUACAUUCUCGUCGGGGACCGAGGAUACCCGCAAAGUGUCGUCGUCCAGCCAGGCAGCGACGUCGAAGCUCUCGCUGCAGCCAUUAAAAAGUCAAGCGAGCUCACUAAACCGUCUCAAGUGCAGAUUUUCCUUGCCAAGCAAGACAAUGGGGACUGGAUGUCUGUCGAUGCAGUUGUCGUGGACGCUCUAACGAGCGGGGACGAGGAUGCAAUCGCCAGAGUAUGCGUGUCAGCUCUCGCUCCAAGUGCCGAGCUACUUCAGCACUUCACACCGAUUGCGUUGGGGCAUCGGAAGCUCCACCUUGUCGUAAGAGAAAACGAGCCCAUGUCGACUGAUGGACGUGGCUCAGAAGAAGAGCUGGAUCUGCAGUGUUUGGUUGUUGGGGAUCGGCUCGGCAGCACCUUCUCGAUGAAGAUGAAGAAGUCGGACCUAAUUCAAGACCUGCGGCUGAGAGUGAAGAAGCUCAAGUUUGACCACAACCUGGAGAUCCGAGUCGACGGUAAGGAGGGGGAUGAGUGCGAAGUUCCUCAGUGGACACGCCACAAGCUGGACCCCGAGAGCACGAUCGGAGACGCGUUCCCCUCUAUCGAGCAAGGCUGCGUCCAUGUGCUAGUACUGAAGAACUCGAUCGAGGUGGUGGAGCUUGUGCUGCUAGUGAAGAAGUGCAGUGCAGUCGAGAGACCACCGUUUAUCCUGUUGCAGGCCUUGGCUGGAGAGGGCAAUACGCAAAUGGCCUUCAACUUGAUGGCUCGGGACGACGUGGAAGUCUUCUACGUCCCGUGCCAGGACGUAGAAUGGGAGUUUUCUGAUCGAUUCAGGGCAUUCCGCGGUUGUCUGGAGAAAGACGUUGGUGACGUGGGUGAAGCGACCGCCUCGGAUCUCUCGAAGCAGUCACUAUUGUACACAUACGGCUUCAUUUGGGCCGUGCUGACUGGGAUGUCCGAGUUCGUUGGCCCUCGAACGCGCGACGAAGUUUUGGCUGCACUGGAAAUGUGGCGAGAACGGGCGAAUGGCAAGUAUUGUGUAUUUUUCCUGGAUAACAUCCCUGUUCUGUCGUCUAGUGCCAAGCACGGACCCGCCAGCGACUUGCUUCGGAUCACGAGAAGUUCAAGAGAUGAUCGUGAGUUUUGGGGCGUGGUGUUCCCCCGCCCUCUGUUCGCCAAGGUGGCGCUGGAACAUGUGCGGGAGAACCCACUCGAUAGCGACGCGAGCCUAAUAGGCUACUUGGAUAAUUUGGCGAAAGUGUUGGCUCGUGAUAAACGCAUUGAUCCGGUCCUGUGUGGUCAAGUUGCUCUCUUUCUUGCCGCUAGUUACGUUGGCAAGUACAACAAGGUGCGCCGAAUCGUCGGGCACUACGCUCGUCUACGCGACUCUGACACGUUUGAGCUGUGGAUUAAUACCAACGGAGACCUACUGAAGAAAGAGGGAGAUAGAAUGGUGAAGUGGAAUUGCUGUAGUUUCCUUCCGACAUCAGAGCAAGACCCUCUCCUGCAUCUCUGUCUGGCAGGUGGCAAAGGAUUCUGCGCCUUCAAAGACAGAAUACGCUUAGUGGACAAUAUGUCCUUAACGGAUGCUCUCGAGGACAGCGAAGAUUAUACGUUCUGCUUCUCCCGUGAUAUCGACUCACCUCGACUGGAAGCACUGGCAUCAGGAGCGAUUGUAGCAGCAAGUCACCACGACGGGUUUGCUGGUAUGUCUUUCGUGGAUCUCUUCUUGGGUUUAUUGCAUGAACUGAAUAUGCACAAGUCGAGCGAUGUUCAGCUGCGUCUUCCCGCCAAUGUGGUGGAGUUCGUGUCUUCCCUCUGGACCCCGUUCCUCGCGCCAUCGGAUGUCAAGUGGCCCAGUUUCCUGAUGGAGAUGGCUUUGAAGUUGGGGACGCUUUCACGUUUGACGUUCAAGGACAAAGGGGACAUCAGCUUCUUGGACGGCAAAGUCUCCGUUGAGUGCAUUUCUCCCCGUCGCCCGAUCAGCCAAGGAAUAUGCGGAGGCUGCUGA